UCAACCGGAAGCAGUACUGGUAAAUUACCCACAACCUCUUGCUUUAGUCGAGAAGUUUCUCGUUUGUUUAUUGACUAAAUUCAGUAGUUCUCUAGCUUUUUCAGUGUUUUUAUUUCUUUUUCUGAAUAUCUUGUAAAAGAGCUGCAAUGGCGCAAUAUAAAGGAGCGGCGAGUGAAGCGGGGAGAGCGAUGCAGCUCAUGAAGAAGAGAGAAAGAGAGCGAGAACAGCUCGAGCAGCUCAAACAGAAGAUAGCAGAGGACAACAUGGUGAAGUCCAACAUUGAUAAAAAGUUCUCUGCUCAUUAUGAUGCUGUGGAGCAAGAGCUCAAGUCCAGCACUGUCGGUCUGGUGACUCUUAAUGACAUGAAAGCGAAGCAGGAAGCUCUGGUCAAAGAACGAGAAAAACAGCUCGCCAAGAAGGAGCAAUCAAAAGAGCUACAGCUGAAAUUGGAGAAGCAGAAGGAGAAGAAAAGAAAGGAAGAGCAGAAAAGGAAGAUCGCCAGUUUAUCCUUCAAUCCCGAUGAAGGCGAAGAAGAAGAGGAGGAAGAGGAAAUUGAGGAGGAGAUAUGCAUACCUGUAAAAAAGAAAAAACUAGGGAAAAACCCAGAUGUGGACACCAGUUUCCUGCCAGAUAGGGACAGAGAGGAAGAAGAGAAUCGUUUAAGAGAGGAGCUCAGACAGGAGUGGGAAAGAAAACAAGAGAAGAUCAAAAGUGAAGAAAUUGAAAUCACUUUCAGUUACUGGGAUGGCUCAGGCCAUCGAAAAACUGUCAAGAUGAAGAAAGGCAACACAAUUCAGCAGUUUCUCCAAAGGGCCCUGGAAGUUUUGAGAAAAGACUUCAGCGAGCUGAGAUCAGCAGGUGUGGAGCAUCUAAUGUACAUCAAAGAGGAUUUGAUAAUCCCACAUCACCACAGUUUCUAUGAUUUCAUUGUGACAAAAGCAAGAGGCAAAAGUGGGCCCCUUUUCAAUUUUGAUGUGCACGAUGACAUUCGGCUGGUGAACGAUGCUACAGUUGAGAAAGAUGAGUCUCACGCAGGGAAAGUCGUGCUGAGGAGCUGGUAUGAAAAAAACAAACACAUCUUCCCUGCCAGCCGUUGGGAGCCUUACGACCCCGAAAAAAAAUGGGACAAGUACACAAUUCGGUGAGAUGCCAAAUCCACGAGACCUACAGAGUUCCGGAACCAUCUUGAUGUUUUGAUGGUUUUAUUGACACCAGGCAGCAAAAUGCUUCAUCUUGCGUAGCAUUUUUGAGCAUCUAUAACUGUUUGCACCCAACUUAUCAUUGUAAAUAGGUGAACAUGAGGCCUAAACCGAGGCCAUUCUUUGUCAUACGCUCAUAGUCGGAUCUUGCACACAACUAACCUGACUUGACAUCUUUUUGCUAACACAACUGAUGUUCGUCGUCUUGAUUGUAAAUAGAGUCUGUUCUCUUGAAUCCUAUUCAAAAAUAAACUCCUCAUUUAUGUACCUUU